AUGUCUCCUAGUGUCCGUUUUGAACCACUCAGUACUUGUUCAUGGGGAAAUCUUCGUUUCUCCCUUAAAUUUUGUCUAGGCCUUGAUGAUAAGGAGGAAGAAGAAGUGCUGGAUGAGAUAUAUAAGCACAUCAUUACUAACGAUGGUUAUAACCAAGGAUUGCUUACGAUGCACUUAUUUGUAACCAUUAAUGAGAGUAUUGUUGUGCAUCUUGGGGCGAAGUUACCUAACAUAGCAGCUUUGGAUGUCACGGAGACGAGGCAUAUUUGGGAGAAGUUAUGUAGCAUCUCAGCUGUGGAUGACACGGAGACGAGGCAGAGGGCGAAGGUUGACGAGGUGGUCGUGCAUGGUGGUGGUGGUGGUGAGGAGAAUUGUUGUGUUUGUUUUGAGGAGUUAGCUAAUGAAGAGCAAUUGGUGGGCUUGUCUUGUAAACAUGUUUUUCACGAGGGUUGUAUUGUUGAGUGGCUUGGAAAUAGCCUCUCUUGUCCACUUUGCCGUUUUAGGUUGCAUGCUGUUUUGUCGUGA